UUGUUUUAUUGUCUUUAAUGACAAAAAGGGAAACUGUCUCUUCCUCACCGGAGAGAGGAUGAGCAACAGAGGAGAGAGAUGGUGCCCUGUUCGUUUUCCUGCAAGCCUACUUCCUAGUCUUCCAGAUUCAAACUCGUAUCAGUAUCUGUUCUGCUGCUAGAAGACAAGGACAGAGAUAGAAGGAAAGAAAGAAGCAGCAACCAGUUACCAGAACAAAAACCAAACACGAGGUUUCUGUGCUUUACUCUUUCUCUCUCUCUCUUUUGCGGAGACCAUAUCAAGGACUUUAGCAGAGAGAGAGAGAGAUUCUCAGUUUAUCUUCACCAUUUGAGCAAAACCCAAACACGAGAUUUCUGCGUUUUCCUCUUUUUUCCUCCUUUGCAGUGACCGUUCAAGAACCUUAGCGCAGAGAGAGAGAGAGAGAGCUCGUUUUCGACCAUUUACAGGGGUGCCUAAGCGGUUCUCUUCCUGGAGAGAAAGAUUAGAGAGGUAGAUUUCUGAGAGAAGGUAUCUGCAGAGAGAAAAAAGUUACUCUUCGGCCAUAUAAGGCCAAAACCAGAGAUGGGAAUCGCACGAUUCCUCGUUUUCUUCAUCCCUUUCUUCAUCACACUUUCUCACUCAUCAAUUGGUCACGGAAAUGCCGAGCUGAAAGCUCUGAUGGCGGUGAAAGCCGCUCUGGAUCCGCAUAACACGUUGCUCACCUCAUGGAACGCCGACGGCGACCCCUGCAACGGCUCAUUCGAGGGCAUUGCCUGCAACGAGAAGGGUCAAGUGGCCAACAUUUCAUUACAGGGUAAAAAGCUCUCUGGGAUGAUACCUGCGUCAAUCGCCGAGCUCAAACACUUGACGUCUCUUUACUUGCAUUACAACUUUCUCACUGGGAAAAUCCCAGGGGAGAUUUCCACUCUUACUGAGCUCCAAGAUCUUUAUCUUAAUGUCAAUAAGCUCUCUGGGAAUAUACCUUCGGAGAUUGGAAACAUGUCUAACUUACAAGUUUUGCAGCUUUGUUGUAAUCAGUUCACAGAUAGCAUACCGGCCCAGCUGGGUUUUUUGAAGAACCUUGUUGUUCUUACUCUUCAGUCUAAUAGACUGACUGGUGCAAUUCCUGGAAGUCUAGGAGAUUUAAAAAAUUUAAUGUGGCUAGAUUUGAGCUUUAAUUAUCUCUCUGGUUCAAUUCCCACAAAACUAGCAGAGGCUUCUAAGCUUGAUGUUCUAGACAUCAGGAACAACAAUCUGGCAGGCAGUGUACCUCCUGCUUUGAAGAGAUUGGAUGACCGAUUCUUCUUCGAAAACAACUCCAGAUUGUGUGGUGAAUCUGGUGAUUGGUUGAUGCCUUUGAGAGCUUGCAAUGCUUCAACUGGUCAACCAACAAGAAGCAUCCCGGAGCCCGUAGAUUUGAAGCUACCUUGCAAUCAGACACAUUGCUCAGAUCUACAGAGAGCUAGAUCUCCUGUUAUAAUUGUUUGUGCUGCUCUGCUAGGGGUUGCGUUAUCUGCCAUUGGGCUUGUGAUUAUCUCCCUAUAUCGUCGCAAGAAACAGAAGCUGGGGAGCUCUUUUCAUUCUUUUGAUCCUUUUAAUAUUAACUGUAGCACUGACAAGGGCAAGGAGGUCUGUAUGAAGCAUGGCUCUUCUCUUGUGAGCCUUGAGUACUCCAAUGGGUGGGAUCCUUUGGGUGAUGGUUGCAACCUUGGUUUUUCCAAAGAGGAUUUGCAAAGUUUUAGCUUCAAUUUAGAAGAGGUGGAGGCUGCUACUCAGUACUUCUCGGAGGUGAAUUUCUUGGGUAAGAGCCAUUUCUCUGCUACUUACAAAGGAAUUUUAAGAGAUGGGUCAGUUGUUGCUGUUAAGAGAAUAAAUAAAACUAGCUGCAAGUCUGAGAAAUGUGAGUUCCUGAACGGAUUGGACAUUUUGGUCUCUCUUAAGCAUGAGAAUUUGGUAAACUUGAGAGGAUUUUGCUUUUCCAAAGGCCGGGGUGAGUGCUUUCUCAUUUAUGAUUUUGUCCCGAAUGGGAAUAUCUCGAGUUAUCUUGAUGCAAAGGAUGGUGAUAGGAAGAUGUUUGAAUGGUCUACCAGGGUUUCUAUCAUCAAUGGAAUUGCUAAAGGUAUAGAGUAUUUACAUGCUUGCAAAGUGAACAAACCUGCUCUAGUUCACCAAAACAUUUCAGCUGAGAAGGUGCUGAUUGACCAGCAAUUCAAUCCUUUGAUCUCAGAUUCUGGUCUGCACAAGCUCCUAACCAAUGACAAUAUCUUCUCAGCACUAAAAACCAGUGCCGCAAUGGGAUACCUAGCUCCAGAGUAUAUGAAUACCGGCCGUUUCACAGAGAAAAGUGAUGUUUAUGCAUUUGGGAUGCUUGUUUUGCAAGUCCUCUCCGGAAGGCAGAAACUCAACGGCUCAAUACGACAGGAUGCUGAGUUGUGCAGAUUCCAAGAUUUUAUUGACCCAAAUCUCCAUGGUGAGUUCUCUGAGCACGAAGCAGCUAAGCUGGCCAAGAUUGCUGUGAUUUGCACUGAAAUAUCUCCUACUCAAAGGCCAUCCAUGGAAGCUGUUAUUCAGGAACUGAGUAUCUGAAACAGCUGUCAAUGAGUCGCUAGUGUAGUUUCUUUGGCAAUUGCUGGAAAUAUUUACUGGCAGUGUGGUGGUAAGUUAGGAUUAUAAUUUAUUGGUGGCAAAACUUCUAGGGUUGUUGUCUAUUGAAUUGCUAGUUGAGGGCUAACCUUUGCGGUCAAUGUCGCUGUAAUCGCUUAUCCGUAUUGUUGUUGGCGGGUUUGGUUUUGUUUAGUGGCAUGGUGUUUUGUAUAGAGGUUCCCCCCCACCAAAUCUCCAUGAGCAUUUUGCUUGUGGAAAGAGAACUUUUCUGCGACUUACAAAAUCUGCCUCAAAACUUUCUUUGUGCUUUUCCCUUUUGAUUCAAUGUAUGUUCUUAUAAGAUCUUGCCA